GUAUUAAACAUUUUUGCCGGGAGAAGAGAGAACAACACAACGGUUUAACGGACGUUUUUAGUGAAUGAGCGACGGAAUCCUGAGAAAGAACACUCAGAAGCAAUACAGACAAGAUCGCAGAAAUAUAUCAAGACAUUGAGAAUAUUACAGAUGACCACCUGGCAACUGUAAUCAACAUACAAAGUCAACAAUCAAGUUUCAUCCUGCCAUCCUUCCUGUUUGCAAACAAGAAUUAUCGUCACUGCUAGAGCAGUAUACACUGUAUUUUCACUCUUCAGGGACUGUAGACUAUAUAAUCACCUCCAAGUGCCAACUUGAGACCUUCUACACCGAAAGUAACCAACAAUCAGCGAAGAUGCUUAGCGGACUGAGCGAUUACCUGUUUGGCAGCUCCAAUAAUCAAGCUGGUGAUGCCAUGGUAACGGACGAAACCCAGCCGCAGCGAGAUACUCCCGUGAAGGAUCCUGUGAAGGAGAUUGAGAUGGAUGGUGAUUGGGUGCUAGUUGAUGUUACCAAUGAUUCUGGCAGCCCGAGUCCCCUAAGGUCUCCAACGAGAUCUCCAUCCAAAGAUGGCUUCCAAUCUCAGCCUCAAGCUGUGCCAGAGAAACCCCAUCGUAUGGAGGAAAGCUGGUUUAUUACCCCACCACCUUGCUUUACGGCUGGGGGUCAUUCUCCCCAUCAACUAGCCACUAGUCCCUUAGAAGAUCUGCUAAUAGAACACCCAAGUAUGUCUGUAUAUCAUCACCCUAGUCAACGAGGAGCCCCAAUGGCUCAUCGAAGGCAGCAUCUUCCUAGGCAAAAGUCCAGCAGGACUGUACCUAAGCGUACUCACAAUCUUCGGGUGCUCAAUGCCAAGCCACCGCGCAGGGCUGCAGCUAUUGCGGCUCGUGUGGGAAUCGAACAGUCGGCCAACCAAGUUGGGUUACAGGAGCAGAGGGAUACCAAGAGGCAUCAACAACGCCAGUACAGUCCCGGCAAAAUAGAACGACACAACAAGGCUUAUCAUCAUCAAAGUGCCUCGUCUCGGCGGCAUUAUAAGCAGAACUCUUCCAUAAGUGGACGACACUCUGGUGCCAUCUACAAGCAACCACGUUGAUGAUGGGUUAUGGGUUCCAGAGCACUAAUAUAUAAAAUUAGAUAGAUAUUAAUAUUCACUGUUACCAUUUUAUUCACUAAAAACAUUAUUUUGUGUUAUUUAUAAUUGUAGAUAUUCAUGAAUUAUAUUAGUAUUAUUUGUAUAUGGAAACUAAUUUUGUUUUUAUUGAAAGUUUUAUCCAUGUUGUUAUUUUGAUAACUAGAGUAUCAAAGAAUUUAGCAAAUUUAAAAACUAUAACCAAAAUAAACGAAAAAAACAUUAACAAAAUGUUAAAUUAAAAAAAAGGAGUUAUUUUGGCACGGGUGUGUUUUGUGUAGAGCUUGAAUUUCCUUGCAACUUUACCUUCCUGCACAGUGAAUGCCUAUCAGUAUUUAUCUUCUCUAUUCUCUCAAUAUCUUGGGUACUUCAGGUUUUUACUCUUCUCUUACUACCGGUAAGCCAGUUUGUAAAUAGCUUUGAAAUGCAUGACGGUAUGACCCCAAACAUCCACAGAUCUUGUACACGAUGGAUACGUCCCACUUGUGCAUUUUUAGAAUAAUCACUGCCGAAGUGAUGGAGGUGCUUCAUGAAUACCUUUUGUUUGCCUCUUGAGAAAAAUACUUCCUUCUGUGUAUCAGAUAUAUGUACUGUCCGUGCAUAAAUGAUAACUGAUUACCAGUUCAUAACUUUCAUGAGCACGAUACCAGUAUUUGUCUCGAUGGGUUUUACAAUUUGGGAACAAAUUACCUUUGUCUGCCCAUGCGCAGAUAGUAUUUACAAAUUGGCUUAUUACCGAAUAUGUUCUUUUCCUUGCAGGAAGAGGAACCAACAGUACAUUUGCAUCCAUCAACUCUAAGAAUAUAAGCAAUAUGUUGAUGGAUAUCACCAUACAUACUCUGAGCUGACUUAUUGUUUUUAUAAUGCACAGUAUUAAAAUAAAUAAGAUCACAACAGACAGGGAUAUCAGAAGUCUUUCUGUAUAAAAUCAUAAGUAUCUGUAUAAAGGCACUGUGUUUAAAGCCAAAUAUUAUACAGCUGCUACAAGAAAUAACACUAUUUUUCAAAGCCAAAUGAGAAAUAUAUUUGAUAAAUUGUAAAAUAUGUUUUAGCAUAGUUCAAUUAGAUUGUUAGAGUUUACAUAUUUGUCUUGUUCGAAUGUAAAUGUACUUUGUUUGAAUGUGUGUUUAUUUUCUUUGUUCAUAGUUUGGUACAUGAUUUAAAAUGUGUUUGUACGAGGAAGCUUGAUGUUGAGAGGGAGAUGUGUUAUCGUAAGAUGUUUUUUUGAGGUGGGGAUUGUAUUCUUAUUUCUGUAUGCCUGUUCAUCCAAUAUUUCUUGGGAUCAGGGUUGAAAUGGGUCAUCAAAGAAAAAAAAAUUAACAAGAAAUGAUUAAAAAAUGGUUUCAGGUUCUUCGAUAAUUUAUCUUGGUAUUCAUCUAUUUCUAGAUAAGAAUUAGUAUGGAGGAAAAAAAAUAUACCGGUAUAUAUGACUUUUCGAAAUUCAGUUAAUUAUAGUAUCUUUAUAAAUGUUUUGGAUUGUGUGCAUUUGGUGAUAUAGAAUUGUUUAUUACUAUUGUGAAUUCUUGUAAAGCUACUUUUUGAGAAAGAAAAAAAAAAAAGACUAUUGAAAACCGAUGGGGACAAUGCAAAUAGGAUCUAGCAUUACAAAAAGGGGGGAAUGAAAAUCAUUAAAAUUUUACUUCAAGAUAUGGUGUGGUACCCUAUUUCUUGUGCAGAAUACAAAGCAAGAACAGCUCAUAAUAAAGCAAGUUGGCAUGAUACAUGGAGUGUAUAUGCCAAGGAAGGUGUAUUAAAAGCUGGAAGAAUCAUAACCCAACCUUUCAAAAACAACUCUUUAAGCAGUACGAUGAACAGUGUGGAACUCCGUUUAAGGGUCAGUUUGUGUGGCAACUGUCUCGGACAAGUCUGAUUUGACAGGGUUGUUGACCCGUGGUUUUACAUUUUAAAUAUUUUAGAGCAGUUGAAAGUGAUGUACCCUCCUUGUGGUCCAUCCUUAGCAUUGCAUAAUGAAAGCAAGGUGCAUACAUAUGUUUCAGCACCAUCACAAUGCAAGGAUACAUGUUCCCCCAUUUAUUCAAGUUGUACAUGUUGUUGCAUGAUGUAACUAUAUAACAGUAUUCCAUAUGUGUAUAUUGGUAAUUAUCAGCUGCAGUGUGUGUUACACAUAUGUUGAGGUGAUUGAUUGAAUCAAUAAGUUAGAUAAUGAAAGCCUUUUAUGCAUGAUAUUUCUUAGGUACAGUGGUGAACAGAGAACUUGUAACCUUUGGUGGACUGUGCAUAAUUAAUCAGUCUUAAUUAGUACUUAGUUAUGCUCUCAUUGACAGAAAACAUAACAUCUGGUCAAAGUAACACAGGUGUAAUGUAAUUGUCGGUGGGAUUAAUUAGUGACUUUGUUUACAUCAUCUGUUAUCUCUAUACAUGCAUUAACAAUGAAGCACAAUGAUUCAUUACUGUAAAACCAGAAACUUAUUUUCAAAUUGCUAUCGAAGGCUAUUUCUGCAGCAGGGUUCUUUCUGUUUUUGUUAAUGGCUGCAUGAAACCUCUUGCAUGUAGAUCAUUCACAAAAUGUGCAAAGUUUCUGGUUUUGCUGUAACAGGAUAGCAUACUAAUUUCACAGCCAUUAAGAACCAUAAUUAAAUAAUGGCUGAGGAUGUCAUAUUCCAUUGGUUGUCUCUCCCGCUUAAUUAUGAUUUUUUUUCCCCCUCCUUACUGCCCCCCCCCCCCCAUUCUUUCUCUGCCACUGAUCUAAGGUGUAUUUGUUUGUCUAUUUUCACCUCUGUGCUUUGGCAUUAUAGCCAUGUAUGUGUUUAUCCUUGAGACAGUGUAUGCAUGUAAAGCAAUAAAGGACAUCUUGUGAGCAGAUAAUAACCACAACAUGUGUCCAUAGUCACAUGCUUGCCUACAUGUACAUAAUCAAUUAUAAUCUGUAUACUGCAUAAUACCCUCUAUACAAUGAGUACCUAUACACAAAAGCCCCAUAAAUAUUGCUUCUUGGCCAACUUUGAAAGGAUAUCACAAGAGCUCCUAAAAGGAAAUGGCUCCAAAACUUGUUAAUUGGGGAAUCACAUGAUUGUUCAUACUUUGUUAAUUGUUUAUGAAAUAUGAUUUAAUGCCCAGUGCACUCACUGCCUUGUGAUUAAAUAAUCAGUAAAUAAUAAGAAAACAAAGGUCAGUCAAAUGGGUAUAUAUAUAUAUAUAUAUAUUUCAUUCACAUUUUCAUUUAAACAGCAAUUUACUGCAUUGUGUGAGAGGAUUUACUUGCAACAUUUUCACAAUACUGGUCAUUGUGAUUUGUGAAAGAAGAUUCAUGCCAAUAAAUGGAAUCAAAUCAUUUUACCGCCAGUGCAUGUUUGAAUUACAGGAAUAAAGGUUACUUUUUUCAGUUUAAUCAAGUCAAAAGUCAGUCAUUAAGCUUGCAUAUUGCAUGUAGUAUUAAUUAACCAGUUCUUUGUCGCCCAGUCAGGGUAAGAAGCUGCACACAUGCCUUGUAUUAAUCUAAAACUCACAUGGACAAAGGUGCUAAUUUGAUAUAUCAGGACUUAUAUGGUCUUUCUACAUUUUGAAGGUUUCAUCACUCAUCAUAUUAUAUUAUUGUACAGCUACUGAAAACUAUUUAAACAUUUUCAAUUUGUGUAAAUGGAAGUAUCCAACUGCAUUCUUGCUUCAUGAAAUUCAUCAUAUUUAUAAUACUGCCUUUUGCACAAAAUGAUAUUCAUAUUAACUAUUAAGAGAGCUAUAGGUCAUACAUAGUUGCAUUACCUGAACGAAUGUUAACCUCAUUAUUCUUUCCCUCAUUAUAUCAAGUUACAUACUGUUGCAUUAAAUAUAUCAAGUAUAUGCCUCUGAUUUUCCUUUCAUCACUAUUUCCAGUUUAAAACUGUCUUAAAGUUGUGUCCCGCAUUAUAAACUGUCUGGGUAUUUUGAGGCUUUGCUUUAUUAACAUACAUUAAUUCAGAAAUACUUACUUUAUCAUCCUUUAAUUUCUCAGUAUUGUGUAUAAACUGGACCCCAAGAUAGGGUCAGAAUUUCUUAGACUAGUAAUUGUAUUUUACAAAACAUAUGCAGGGUAAAAUAAGAAUAUAUCACGCAGAAGAGAUAAAUGUGUAAUUUCCCAGGCAGUAUUUUGCAGCACAUAUUAUAAGCAUGGUAUGUUGAAUAGUCGAUUUCUAGACUAAAAACUCUAGAGAUUUGUAAUAAAGGUUGGAAUUUGUAUGAAUAACUUAAUUGUGGAAUGGAUUUUCAGAGGAAUGUUUUUUGACUUGCUUGAAAAAUAUAAUCUGCAUAUUGAAUGGGUGUUCAGUUUGGUUUGUGGUUUAUUUGUAUGAUUUGAAGACAGUGUAUUACGGACGUCAAGGUAGAAAUAUUACAAUUAUAUGUUAAGGUGACAAUGCAACUUGGUCACUCACUAUCCCAACAUUUCACUAAUACAUGUACAUGUACAUGUAUUUCCUUUAAAUCAUCAUUGAUCUGUAUUCUCAUACAUUUUUUAAAUGAAAUUCUGGAAAAGGCAACUAGCCAGAUGCUCUUUUUUAUAUAAACCUGCCAUAUAUAAUACAACUGGAUCUGAAACAUUCUUCCGUAAAAAUGAACUUGAAAGUGUAGUUGUGCAUGUUUGGUUUGUGUAAUUGUGAUUAUUUUUUCUUCUCAAUAGAAAGUAUCUUUGUAGAGAUAUGACAAUAUAUAUGUAAAGUUUAGUUAGUUAACAGAUUUAAUAUAUACAUGUAUUUGUGUACAUGGCAUAUCUUUUUAGGUAUUGGACUGAAAGAAAUAAAUUUUGAAGGGAUACUCUA